UCGUUGCAAGAACAAGCCAGUCCAAAACUCCAGGAGAUCUUUGUAUUUGAAGAAACUCCACAGAUUUCCCUGGUCAGCCUCUGAAGCCAAGAUAUCUCAAGAAGCGUCUACCUUUUCUACCAACUCCUCAGAACUGUCUGUUAAUGCACUUUUCAUUAUUUAAAGGAUUUAUGGAGUAUCCAAGAGUCUCUGAUAAUGAAUAAACAGAGAACCUGAAAACAAUUGCAAGCACUGGGGUGAGUCUCUUUACGUGUUUCCCCCCCCAUUUUUUGCUUUGUCCAAAUCUGUUGGAGGCGCAGCUUUCCUGUCAAACCACCCUGCUCAUGCUUCCAGACAGCCAGAUGCCUCCUCUCUUUGCUGCAGCUUGUGGCAUAUUUCACAUGGCUUCACAGCCUGCAGAUUUGCUUCUGUAACCCUUUUCUAAUACUGCUCAAAGUCUUCUCAGUGAAAAUUCGUUCGCAUUCAGCUGAUUUGAUUUUCAAUUGCUCUUGCAAAGCUGCUUCGUAUAAAAAUUUUGUGCGUGGACGAAAGGCUGUUAGAAAUAAGGCUGCAAUAAAAUUAAAAUGGCAGAUGAUGUUAGUUUCCAAUAUAUGGACAGUGAUGGAUCAGAAAGCAGUGAAGAAAUAGAGAUUAUAGUCAAUGUUGGAGGGGUAAGACAAGUGCUAUACAGUGAUCAUCUAAGCCAGUACCCAAAUACUAGACUGGCGGAGCUGAUGAACUGCUUGCCAGGGGGAUAUGACACUAUUUUCUCUCUUUGUGAUGACUAUGAUCCGGGGGAAAGAGAAUUUUACUUUGACCGGGAUCCGGAUGCUUUCAAAUGCAUUGUUGAUGUGUAUUACUUUGGGGAGGUUCAUAUGAAGAAAGGAAUAUGUCCUAUUUGUUUCAAGAAUGAAAUGGAAUUUUGGAAAGUGGAUCUUAAAUUUUUGGAUGACUGCUGCAAAACUCAUCUCAGUGAAAAGAAGGAGGAACUCGAAGAGAUAGCCCGCAGGGUCCAGCUGAUUUUGGACGACUUGGGCGUGGACAGCUCUGAAAACCGCUGGAAAAAAUGCCAAAAAUGUAUUUGGAAAUUCAUGGAAAAACCAGAAUCUUCGUACCCGGCUCGAGUCACAGCGGUCCUGUCUUUUUUAUUCAUCCUAACCUCCUCAGUAGUGAUGUGUGUGGGGACCAUCCCAGAAUUGCAGGUGGUGGACUCUGAAGGAAAAGCUGUGGAGCACCCAGUCCUGGAUAAGAUCGAGACAGCUUGUAUCGGCUGGUUUACCCUUGAGUAUAUACUGAGGCUCAUCUCCUCUCCUAACAAACUACAUUUUGCUCUUUCUUUCAUGAACAUCAUUGACAUUUUUGCAAUACUUCCCUUCUACGUUAGCCUGAUCUUGACUCACUUGGGUACCAAAUUGAUGGAGUUAACCAACGUGCAGCAAGCUGUCCAAGCACUCCGAAUAAUGAGGAUUGCAAGGAUUUUCAAACUAGCACGCCAUUCUUCGGGUCUACAGACUUUAACCUACGCUCUUAAGAGGAGCUUUAAGGAACUGGGGCUUCUGCUGAUGUACUUAGCUGUUGGGAUUUUCGUGUUUUCUGCCCUUGGUUAUACAAUGGAGCAAAAUCAUCCCGAGACGUUGUUUAAGAGCAUCCCUCAGUCUUUUUGGUGGGCAAUAAUAACCAUGACUACUGUUGGCUAUGGGGACAUCUAUCCAAAGACCACACUGGGGAAACUCAACGCUGCCAUCAGUUUCCUUUGUGGGGUAAUAGCCAUUGCACUGCCAAUCCACCCCAUCAUAAAUAACUUUGUCAGGUAUUAUAACAAGCAGAGAGUUCUAGAGACAGCAGCCAAGCAUGAACUGGAACUGAUGGAGCUAUAUGCUGGAGAUGGGAAAGGUGGAAGUCCCAAAGCUGAACCGGCGUCUCUUUCAAGAAAAGGAGAUCUUCGGAGGAACAGCCGACUCAAAGUCUCUUACAGUGAUACAUUCAUUCACCUCCUGUCAGAUGAUAAACACCGCCGAACGAGGCUUCAGAGCUGUAAGAAUUGUCUUCUUUGUGACUCCUAUCAGACAUCUGCACAAGAGGAUCUUAAGACUUGACGAACUCGCUGGAAAUUGUUUGGA